AUGAAUCCUGUAGGAUCUUUGCUUUCUGACUGCAGCUCGUCUUCUACUGAAGAGCGUAAGAGUCGUUUAAAAGAGACCCGAACUUCUAACAGACUGUCGACUCGUCGAGAGCUUAAACAUUCGAUUGAAAAAAAAUUUCGAUUGCGUUACGCAUCGUUGCAGCAUGCGUACGAGCAACGACUUGAAGUGUUAGCUACACGGAUGCAAGAAGCUGUCAAUCAAGUGCAUGAAGACGCCACCAUUCACUGUUUAAAGGAAAAUGCUUUGACCUCUGAGUAUGCAAGUGCACGGUUGGGUGAGAUUGUUCACGAGUGCUUUUUUGGAGAUCGAGAACGUUAUAUCAAAGCUAUGAGUGAUCAGAUUGCAUGGCAAGCGAGUGAUCUACGUGAAGCACAACAAAAGCUAAAGAUAUUGCAAAAGAGAGAGAACGAUGCUCAGAAACAGUGGAAACUGGCACAACGAGACGCUGAGACACAACACGAGCAUUUAGAUGUGCGAUUGAAGGAACUUCGAGUGCAAAAAGAUCGAAUUGAUGAUUAUAAAAGUCAAUGUAGAGCUAUAGCUGAAGAACGAGAUACAGCGAAACGUGAAGUUAAGAAGCUGAGGAUAAGUGUGCAGACGAUGGAGAAAUUGCAGCAGCAUAAUCAAGCACUGGAAAACGAAUUGCAGCAAGAAAAAGAGAUUCAAUUAGCUGUGAAUGGUGAACUAGAAGAGAGUAGGAAGAGAUUGCAAGAAGCGAAGAAUGAGAUAGAGUUGAGUAAACAGGUGAGUGAACAAGAAUUAAGCCAUUUAAAGCACUUGCUGAUGCUGUCAGAGUCUAAAGCUCAAGAUGUGGCUCAAACUUUGGAAAAAUUACAAAGUGCAGAGUAUCCAACGAAAUUGGCACGUUUGGAGUCGGAACUUGCGCAUCAACAGCAAUUGACCAGACUCAAUGAAAAAGAUCAUGAUGACUUGAAAAGGAGGUAUCAAGAAUUUGGGAUGCAGGUGGAGCAGUACAUGAAAGAACAGACGCAAGAGAAAGCAACGCUGGUCUUGAAACGAGACGAACAGGUCAAAGAAGUACGUACUGAGCUGGAAGCUUUUAGACAGCAAGCACAAGGUGUGAUAAAAACGAAGGAACAGGAGCUUACCCGGGCGAUGGAGCUACUGUCUUUAAGACACGAAGCACUGGGGAAAGCCGAAAAGAGAAUUCUGUCGCUUGAAGAAUCUGUCAGAGUAACAAAUGCUCAAGAGAUAGAGAUGAAGCUCCAACACAAAAAGUUUGCUGAAACUUUGGAAAAAGAGAUUGAACAAUGGCGACAUGCGCUGGAAAAGGAACAGGAGAAAGUUACUAGUCUACAGAAGGUACUGGUUGAGACUCAAGACAAAUACGAGCGCAAAAUUGUGUCGAUUCAGGACACACUGACUCAGCAAAAUCGUCAAGAUGUAAGCAAGAAAGAGUUGGAGGCUCGUUUACGCUGGCAGAAUGAAUUUGUUGCAAAGCAAGACGCUAGAAUGGAUGAACUUAAAAGAAAAUGUGAUCGUGCAUUGGAGAAGCAGGAGGUAGAGCUGCGUCAAGCUCGGCAAUUGGCGAUGGAGUCUGCUAAUAGCGCUGCUGCAAAGUGGGAGAGCGUAAAGUUUGCACAGAAAGAAGAAAAAGAACGUGAUCAACGAAGACGCCUUGAGGAUGCAGCUCGAGAAAAGGAACGUAAGGAAGAUCAACGGGUGCUACAACUGGAACAAAAACGCAUGCAGCAAGAGUUCGUCGAGCGCGAGAAGCAUCUUUUGGAGCGGGAAAGAACGUUAUUGGAUAGAGAAAUUCGCGAGGAGCAUCGACGGGCUAAAGAUGCGAAAAAAUCGACAACAGCGUCGCCGGUAUCUGUUCCACCUAAUGUAGUCGUCUUGAAUGUAAACUCCACGGAAGAAGAGAAUAAAGCUACACGAGCUGAUGAGAAUGUAGAGCCUCGAAUUGCUUUAAAACAAUGUCACCAAAGUGAAAAGCUGUAUCGACAGGAGCAGGAGAAUGGCGAGCAUUGUACCAGCAUUUCCAUGGCGCAACACUUGGCAGAGCUGCAGACAAAGGAAGCUCAAGCUGCAUUGCGAGCGGAAGAAAGAGUACAAAAGUUGAUGCACGAGUUUCAAGAGCGUAAAGAGUCGGAAUUUCGGGCUGCAAUGGUGAAUGUGAGGAAGGGCAUUCAGAAACUUGAGGUAUCAUUAGAAGAGGCCAAGACUGAUAGAAAACGAGUAGAGGAGCAACUACUUAGCGAGCGUCAGGCUUUCGUAAGUCUCAAAAAUGAAUAUGAAGAGUCGAAGGAUGCAAAACGUACGAUCGUUCAGAGGCUAGAGGAAGCAAAUGAGAAUGUUGGCAGGUUACGAAGUGUGGUGAAAGAACUGCAAGUUCAGUGUCAUUCACUGGACGAGCAAUGUCAAGCUGCAAAUGUUCAGAAAGAAGAGGCUCAAGCUGCGUUUGCUAGUUCACAGAAAGUAAAUGAACAGCUCCGUGAGCAACUUUCACGUCUGAAUGAAGCGGCACUACAGCUUGAAAACUCUCUUGACACGUCGGUGGAAUCAAGUGAGCAGUCCAAGAAAGAAUUGCUAGACCAAAUUGCGAUACUGGAACAUCGCAUCAAGACUCGAGAAGAGCAGUUCAAAACGGAAGUGACUGCUAUAGAGGAAAACAACACUCGUGAGUUACGGAACGUGUCUUUGCAAUAUGAUACACAAGUCGAUCAACUUCAGGUCACCAUCAAUACAAUUCAAUCAGACGCUUUGGAACAACAAACAAAGGCGAAGCAACUGGAAGUAUCGAUGCGUGAAGUCCAAGUUGAAAAGGAUCUGUUACAGAUCAAAGUUGAGACGAUGAAGGCCGAGAGCUUAAAGCAAAUGAAGGACUUUGCUGACCUGUCACGAAUGCAUAAGAACCUUACGGACUCAAUCGAUAAGCGACUGAAAACUGCAGGUGAGGCCUUGGAGAAGGAGCGAGAUCAGCGCAUUGCUAUUGAAGAGCAAGCGUUUAAAACGAAAGUUGAUUUACAAAAACAUGUAAAUAAUUUGAGCAGCAGCCUUCGGCAGCUAAAAAUCGAGUGUAAUGAAGUGCGCAGGGGUGUUGGAAGUGAGAUGAAUGUUGGUUGGGUAUACAUAGAAAAAGAAAUUGCUUUGGCAUGUAUUGAGUGGAAAAAGCGGUCGGAUGAUAUGGUACAAGCGGCAGACGCAGUCUGGCGAUUGAAAGUAGAACAGGAAAAACAGGAAUGGAAACAGUGUCUUACUGAAAAAGACGAGCAGUUGAGUAAGUUACUGGCAAGUCAACGCGUAAGUGACCAGGCCAAGUAUGAUCAGAUAGUUGAUCGUCUUGAAACAAAGGCUCGAGAGCUAGAGGAAGCAACGAGACGGCUGAUGGCUCAAAACGAGCUGAAUACUGACCUAAAUCGAACCAUACAGACACUUGAGGAGGACAAAAGGAUUAAAAAUUUGGAGCUGACGCAUUUGCAAGAACAAUUGUCUACUGCACAGACUACUGCACAAAAAGAAAUGCUAGAAAAGGACCAAGUGAUUGCUCUUUUAGAAAAUCAAAAGACAAUGUGUGAAAACUAUCGCGUCUUUUAUGCUGCGCUUGCGAAGCAAACUGAGAAAGAUCCUAGUGAGAAACUUUCAAAUAUGGAUAUUCAGAAUGAAGAUUCUACAUGGAAUCCUCGCCAACUUUCUGACGAGCUGACCCAAUUAGCAACGCAUCUUCAAGAAUCACAAACUCAAGCGAUUCAAAGAGCUAUUGCCGAGGUGACUGCCAGCUCAGAUCAAGGUGUCAGUGCUUCAAUACUGUCCGAGUUGGAUGCUGCAAAGAAGGCACUCGAGUUUAUUUGGUGUGAAUCUUCACCAAAUGGUAAUGACCGUGAAUAUGAUGAUAAUCUUCCAUGGUAUAUUCGUGUAGCAACAAUAGUUGAGCGAGAGAGGGAAACAAACAGACAAAUGACGUCGACAAUUCAGCGCGAUCUUGCAGCUAAAGAAACAGAGAUGAACGAACUUAAAGAUCGCAAGUCAAAGUGGGUAGAGGCAAACAACUUGCUUCGGUUUGAAAAUGACACGGUGUUACGAGAGAUGGAGCUACUGAGACAGACAUUAGAGAAGCGAAAGGUCCAGGAACUUCACGAACUCCAAGUCGAGUACGAUGCACGGAUUGAACAACAGAAGCAGCACCAUGACCGAGCGAUUUUAAAAUCCGAACAGGACAAUGAGACUGCGAUGAAUCAAUUGCGAGAUACGUUGAAAGCAGAACGAAAAGCUUCAAAUCAUGUGAAAAAUGAGCUCAUUGAACUGAAAAUGAUAUUAGAGCGAACUGAAGAGGAAUUAAAGGAAUCACAUCAAAAACUGAACAAGGAAACUGAAGAGCUUCGAGAAAUAGCAAACAAGUGGAAGCGGAAAGCGAAACUAGCCAUAAAGAAUACUGGAAGUGUGAUUCAAGUGAAAUCUCAAAAAAUGCACAUGUCAGCGUCGUCUUUUGGUACGGAAGAAGACUCAGAUGCGUCGUAUCGCAUGAUGCAUCCAGAUUUGCAACGUGCAUCAAAUGCUAUGGCAGAUUUAUCAAAUCUCAUGGAACAGUCUCUUGUGAGCAUUCGAAACGAGUCGACGUCACAUUGUCGAUAA